AUGUAUUCGGAAACAGAGCUGUCAGUACAGGUAGUGAAAGAGCAUGUGUCAGAACCGUUGUUUCUUUAUCUUUCGUUCCAAGCAGUGCGCGAAAACACCUCUCUAUGGGAAGGAGAAACUCGCGGUCUAGCUUUCGUGAACGGACCGGGUGUCAAGAAGGGCGGU